AUGGUCUUAAAGAAUCCAAUGGCUGCUACCAAGAUAGGACUCGGAGUUGGUCCAGUCCCGACUCAACGAGUCUCCGCCGUCGCCGCUCCAUCAUCCGCCGCAUUCUCCCCUCCGCCGCACCGCCUCUUCCUCCUCACCUCGCGGCGGACCCUCCGACCACGCCCUUCCCCCGUCCCUCUCCGAGUCUCCGCCGCCUCCGUCUCCCCCUCCUCCUCCGUCGCCACGCUAGGAAAAGUAGUUGAAAAUGUGGUAAUCAUAGGUUCCGGUCCAGCAGGAUACACAGCAGCAAUAUAUGCAGCACGUGCCAAUUUAAAACCUGUGGUGUUUGAGGGUUACCAAGUUGGUGGUGUUCCUGGGGGACAGUUAAUGACUACGACUGAAGUGGAGAAUUUUCCAGGAUUUCCAGAUGGCAUAAGUGGACCUGAUCUGAUGGACAGGAUGCGGCGGCAAGCUGAACGUUGGGGUGCAGAAUUGUAUCAGGAAGAUGUUGAAGCUAUUGAUGUGAAAAGUAGUCCUUUUACUGUUCAAAGUAGUGAACGUAAGGUUAAGAGCCAUACUGUCAUUUUCGCAACUGGAGCUACUGCAAAACGACUUAGGCUACCCCGAGAAGAUGAAUUUUGGAGCCGAGGAAUUAGUGCUUGUGCAAUUUGUGAUGGAGCAUCUCCUCUCUUCAAGGGACAAGUUCUUGCUGUCAUUGGAGGGGGGGAUACUGCUACAGAAGAAGCACUAUACUUAACAAAAUAUGCUCGCCAUGUCCAUUUACUUGUACGUCGGGACCAACUGAGGGCUUCCAAAGCUAUGCAAGAUAGGUGUGUCUGA